GCCGAGCUGAGCGCGGCCCUGCCCGGCCCCGGCCCCGGCCCUGCGCUCCUUCGGGGCCCUUCCCCUCUCCAGCUGUCCCCCCUCGGCUCCCCCGGGCACAGCCGCGAGGUCUGGGGGGGUCGUUCUUGCCCCCGAGGUUGCGGGUGCUGCCAGCCCCAGGUUGGUGGCCUUGAGACCUUGGCGGCCUGAGGAGGCUGGCAAGGCAGGUUUGGUGCGUUGUGGUUUAUAGGAGUUCAAAUAUAGCCUGAAGAAACACACUGCCCAGCCCUGGAACGGACUUGGGCUCCCAGAACCUUGGCGGGCUUUUGGUGUGGGCUUUUUCUUUAUCUAAUAGAAAGGAUUACUGUUUCCAGAGGGCUUUUUUUCUUUUUUUUUGGUCAAAACGUCCUGAAAACGGAAACGUUUCACCGAAGGCUAUGGAGCCACGAGGGAUUGUCAAAGCCUUUCCCAAGAGGAAGAAGGUGAGGGAUGGCUCGGAGAAAAGCAUUCCUCCAAAGAUCCUGAAAGAGGAAGGAACAGAGAUACCUGAGGCAGAGUGGCUGAAGCCAGUCGUCGCCUACGUGCUGCAAGCCGGCAUUGGCCGGGCCAGGGCCGAGAUCCUCUGCAGGCAGAUUGUGCAGAACGGGGGCGUGGUUCACAGCCAGCUCUGCUCCGAGGUGACACACGUCAUUGUGGCCGAGGACAUGGACUGCCACCGCGCCUUCCGGCUCCUCAGGCUCACCAAGCUGCCCCCGGGGCUGCAGCUGGUGAAGGCAGCCUGGCUUAGUGCUUGCAUUAGGGACCAGAAGCUGCUGAGUACUGCUGGCUAUGGCGUCUUUAUCCCUCACAGCAGAAGGAUUUCUUGGUCAAACUUCUGGGAGUUGAGAAGUCCUCCUUCUUCUGUACUGAGACAUCCGAUCCAUGGCAGGUACCUGGAGGAGGAAGAAUUGCAGAAAGAACAGCAGCAGAUCCUGGACAGAGAAAAAAUGCAGCCCCCAGCAGAGGAGGGUGCAGUGAAACCAAGUACUGAAUCACAGGUGGAGGAUUCCUCACAGCAAGGCUUGGGCACCCUUGGACAGCAGCGACUGGCUGAGAAAUACUCUAAUGAUGAAGACAGUGAAGGAGAAGAUGCUGGUGUCACCCAGGGAGACCUGGAAGCAUUGAUUUCUGGCCGCUACCCUGUGAAAUCAUCAGAGGAGAUCAGUGAUAGCUCUGACACAGUGGCCCAGCCUCCCAGCAAGUGGGUUUGUGCCCAGUCUUCCAACACCAAGAAGGAAAAUCACAACCAGUGCAUCACAGAGAAGCUGGAAGUGCUGGCAAAGGCUUACUCUGUCCAGGGGGACAAGUGGAGAGCUCUGGGCUACUCCAAAGCAAUCAAUGCGCUCAAGAGCUACCACAAACCAGUCACCUCCUACCAGGAAGCCUGUAAAAUCCCUGGGAUUGGGAAGCGGAUGGCAGAGAAGAUCCUGGAGAUCUUGGAGAGUGGGCACCUGCGCAAGCUGGAUCACAUCAGUGAGAGCGUGCCUGUGCUGGAGUUAUUUUCCAACAUCUGGGGAGCAGGGGUCAAGACAGCUCAGACAUGGUACCAGCAGGGUUUCCGGACACUGGAUGACAUCCGCAGCAAGGCCACUCUGACCAGCCAGCAGGCCGUGGGGCUGAGGCACUACACGGAUUUCCUGGAGCGCAUGCCUCGGGAGGAAGCUGCAGAAAUAGAGCAGACUGUCAGACAAGCUGCCCUGGCCAUCAAGCCUGGCCUCGUGUGUGUUGCCUGUGGCUCCUACCGUCGGGGAAGGCCACCUGUGGAGAUGUGGAUGUGCUGGUCACUCACCCGGAUGGGCAGUCUCACCGUGGGGUGUUCAGCAAGCUGCUCUGCAGCCUCCGCAGGAGUGGCUUCCUUACAGACGACCUGGUGAGUCAGGAGGACAACGGAGAUCAGCAGAAGUACCUGGGCGUGUGCCGCCUGCCGGGGCCCGCGCGCCGUCACCGCCGGCUGGACAUCAUCGUGGUGCCGUAGCGGGAGUUCGCCUGCGCCCUGCUCUACUUCACGGGCUCGGCUCACUUCAACCGCUCCAUGCGCGCCCUGGCCAAGACCAAGGGCAUGAGCCUGUCGGAGCACGCGCUCAGCUCGGCCGUGAUGCGAGGCCCUGGCGGUGCCAAGGUGGCCCCUGGCCACACUCUGCCCACCCCCACCGAGAGAGAUGUCUUCAUUCAGCUGGGGCUGCCUUACCGCGAGCCCUCCGAACGGGACUGGUGAGGCCUGCUUGUCACCCUGGGCUUGCUGCUGUGCUGCUGCUUUGAAGGAUCUGAUUUCCCCAGAGGUGGAAAGGCUCUGUGGUGCCUGCAGGAUGAAGAACAUCUCCCAGCAAACUGGGGCUCCUUGCAAGCGUAAGGCCUGGCUGCUGGGCAGAGCUCUGUGGCUUCCUCAGGAGAGGCUGUGGGCUGGAACCACGCUGGAAGUGCUCUCUUGGUGUUGGCUACCAAAAGGGCUCACUGCCCAUCAGCUACCCUGGCCCUGCUCUCCCCAACUUUGGAAGAUUGGGUUGCAGAACCUUGUGAUCCAGCCCCUGACAGUGCUUGGGAACAAAGGAAGUGGGAUGCAUCUUCCUCUGUAUCUGAGCACUGACGCUGAAAUUUCUGUUCUGAGCUGUGAAUGAAGGUAGCAGAGGUCUAGCUUGGCUCUGUGACAGGUCUUCCUCCUCACUACUGCUGGAAGCUGCUACUGCAGGAGUCUCAAGGGGUUAACCUGUACUGCUGCUGUGUCCUUCUGCUGUGUCCUGCUGUGUCUGAGCUAAUGUGUCGUUUGAUGGGUCCCAUUGCACAGGGACAGGCUGCUGUUACUGCCACCAGCUUUCCCUGAUGCCAGCUAAGCCUUGAAAGAGACAUAGGGACAUGAGGUGCUGUACCUGCUUGCUGCCAGCCUCGUGUUCUGAGGGUCUUCCAGAUUUACUCAGAGCCCUGGUCUGGCCCAAGACCUCCUUUCUUGGUGCAGGAGAGGAGCAGAGCUCACAGCCUGGGGAGCUGUGCUCAAGAGAGAUUUGAAUGUAUUGGCACUGAAUGUAACCCAGCAGCACUGUGUGUCUGUCUGUAGGAGGCAUGGAGACAGAGAAAAACACAAGGAGAUAGUUAAUUUGUAAAUGGGGCAAAGCAAAACUUUUUCCUUUUUUUUUUGUGUUGGAAGCCAUGGAGUCAUCUGGCCUUUGAUCAGGGAAAGUGUGUGUGUGUGUGUGUGUUUGUGUGUACAGGUGCAUGGGGCUGGUCCCACCAGUUCCAUGGGAGUGAAUUUUAUCUCUCAGGAAACCUCAACUGUUUUAUAUUGUGGAGAUGAAUUUCCCAGUGACAUUGAGUGCUCUGUUACAGGUAUUGCAGUGGUUGCUCCUGGCAGAGGUGCCAUGGUGGGCAUUUCUGUGCCAGGCCCCCAGGGCUCUUGCUCCCUUGUGGGGGAUCUGGCCCCAUCAGGUAUAGUGACAAAACUGUGUGUUUGCUGCUAGGGCAGGCACAAACCAGGUGGGUUUGCACAGUUCCUGUGGCUGCUGGGCACCAGCAGGGCUGGGGCUUUGCUGGGGUAGCCCACACCCAGCAGUGGCAUUUGUCAACCCAGCCUUUCUGCUGGACACCUGGGGAAAUGAAUGUCUUUUGGCACGUCUUGGUGCUUUGAAAUUUGAAGUGUAAUAAAUAAAUAAAUCCCUCUCUCUUUUCCC